GACUGAGUCUGUCUCGGUGUUUCUACUUCAAGUUCAAACAUAGCAGUCGAAAGAACCGCAAGUAUGGCUCAGCAGACGAAAAUCUUCAAGUUCCUUCUGCCGAUGUCAAGUAACACACCGAUACAACGCCAAAGUUCGUCUAGGCAGGCCUCCGACGUCCCCAAACCGUCGCCGUCCCCAUCGACUUCCAACCGCCGGGCAGGGUCGAGACCGCCCCCGAAACCUGGCAAGCCGAAAGGUCUGGGCAGCCCGAAACCACGUCGUAAACGGAAAAGUGAGAGUCCGUGUGAAAGUGGCGACGGUUCGCAGGUGAAGACAAGAAAGAAAGGAAACAAAGAAAAUGAACCAUCAGCCUCAACCCAGGUGCAUAAGGAACACCCAAACACUGGGGACAUCAUGUUUCGGCUGAAGGUUGCCCUGAAAGAGCUUCAUGGAGAUUUUGAGAUACGAGCACCCGGAAAUCAGCCCAUCAAAGAUGCUCUUCAGGCUGACACAAGGCUCAAGAAAAUCAACAAGAAGCUGCAUAAGAUUUACCUCCAACCAUAUGGUGAGACCCCCCCAAUUAAUGGGGAACCCAACAUUAGGAGCCCCUGCCGUGUGAUAGAGGGGGGGAGGUUUGAGGCAAAGUUACGGGGAAAAGGUAAAAUCCCUAAAAAUACUAACAAGUAUACUGAUGAUCAGCUGAGGUGCAGUGAAAGGUAUAAGAUAUACCUUGAUGUUAAGAAUAGGCCUAGCAUGAAUGCCAAGUUUCUUACUAAGGAAAAUCCUAAGGCUUUCCCCUUUGACAUUUUGGUUGAUUGCCUUCCAGAUGAUACAUUUCUGACAGCUCUUUACAGAGAUGCAAGGAUUGACAAUAACAAACUCAAGAAUGCCAAACUCAUGUGCAAAGAUAGUAUUGAGGAGGUAAACAUUAAACUCACAAGUAUGUGUUCUGAUUAUGAUGGCAAGACCUUCACCUGUAAAGUCGCUAAAGACUCACAAGUUAGUGAUCAGGAAUGGAACCAGACAGUGGCCAGCAGUCCUGAUGUAGCUCUGUCAGAUACUGAUGAGAGUUAUGGGACCCCAGAUUCACAGGGUUCUGGGGCAGAAAUAGAUACGUCGCAGGCAUCAGAUAGUUGGAAGUUGGAUCCUCAGGUAGUCAAAGGGGCCAAGGAAAUGAAACGUAAAAGCCAGAAACAAGUUGCUAAACUCUUGUCAUCAAUAUCAAAGCAUGAAGUACAGUUUGAUAGGGAAGAGGCAAAACCAGAUGAAGAAAAGAGAAGGAAGCAAAGAUUAAACAAAAUUUGCCAACCUUUGAGACAGGAUUAUAACGAUGCUAACCAAGGUACAGAGGUCGAAUUUCUGGAAAAGCUUUGUAAGUUAGCUUGCUCCGCCGGGAUUCUUGUUAAGAACAAUGAUAGAAUUUUGGGGACUUGUUUUAGAAUGGGAUCCAGAUAUGUUUUAACAAACAAGCAUGUGACAGAAAUUGCAGAUCGGAGUGAUAUCUGUGCGUAUUUCAACUACAAAAGGCCCUUUAGGGGAGGUCAGGAUGUUGGAUUUAAAGUUGCACGUACUGUGCACAUCAGCAGUCCUCAGGGAGAAGACAUAGAUGAGUUGGAUUACAGUUUGUUGGAGCUGGAGGUUCUGCCUGAUCAGUCUGACAAGCUGCCACCUGGUCUGGGGCAUAAGAUAGAGAGAGCUGUCAAGAAAGGAACAGUUACAAUCAUUGGGCACCCAGGUGGUAGGCCAAAAAAAGUAGACACUAGCUGUCCUGUUUUGGUUACAAAUGACACAUUCGCAGUCUGUCUUAAGUAUGGAGAUGCAAUGCUGAACAACCCAAAAAGAUGUAAUUACAAGUCCUCGUUUGAUUAUGGUUCCUCUGGGUCACCGGGGUUUGAUGAUGAUGCAAACUUGGUGGUUAUGCACGCGUGUGGGUACUAUCUGCAUGACACCUCUAAAGUUGAGGUGGCACAAGGAGUCAGAAUGACAGCCAUACGAGAUGACCUCAAACAACAUCUCUCAGCAGAUGUAUGGGAUGAUUUGUUCCUCCCUCCAACACAGGAUAUGGAAGUUGGUGAAGGAAAUUGAUGAUUUGAAAGUGCAAAAAGUCCAAGAUACAAGUUAAACUUGGUUUUCAGGACAUUUUUAUAUUCCACCUCAAUUUAGACAUACAUGUUUGGUGUAUAGGGCAGUGCCAAUCUCUGUUUCCCAUGGGCCACACAGACCACUACAACAGGGGGCUUGUCCAGUGGCGUCCAACAUCCUGUCAUCCAUACAUUUUGUCUUUCUCGUAGAACACGGAGAGUGUGUCUUUUAACUCCAUGCUGAGAGCAGAUAGAAGUGUAUCACUAGGAAUUCGAAGGCAAUCAAACCAAAAAAAAAGGUCUUGCUGUGACCUCAGAUAAAACAAGUGCCUUUUUAUUAAUUAAAACAAAGUACCUUUUGGAACAGAAGGAAUCUUUUUCUUUAGGUUUUACUAAAAAAAACUGCAGUACAAAAA